AUGAGCGAUCCCGGUGAUGGCCAGGGCACGAGCUCGUCUUCGGACGAAGAUGAUCUCCUAUUUGCUACUGGUGCUGCGCUAUUAUUUGGACCACAUGCAGAACCAUACGGAGGUCCAAUCCAAAAGGUGCCUUGCAGGACGUCUGCAUUAUCAGGACGUGGCUGGGUUGAAGAAGUGAUGUCAGGCCACCAUACACGAAUUAUGGACGCAACAAGGUUAAAUAUUGAUUCUUUCAUGCAGUUGUGCUCGCUCUUGGCCGAAUGUGAAUUUGUUCCCCAACAUCAUCAGAAACGGGUUACAAUAGAGGAGACACUUGCGAUGACAUUGGUCAUGAUGAGCCACAAUAUGAGAAUGCGUAUGAUUGCUGACCGAUUUAACCAUUCCAUGGAGACGGACUGCGUUGGGGCUAUUGAUGGGACUCAUAUACCUGCUUGUGUUCCAAGAAGACAGCAAGCGGCAUACACAAAUAGGCAUGGUGUACAAUCGCAAAAUAUUCUGGCUGUAUGCGACCAUGAUAUGCGAUUUAUAUAUGUGUAUGCCGGAUGGGAGGGAAGUGCACAUGAUGCCCGAGUCUUGGAUGGGGUUUUGACCGGCCCAAAUCACUUUCCUGUGCCACCUACAGGAAAAUAUUAUUUAGUUGACUCCGUGUAUCGAAACUUGCCCGGUUUCUUACCACCGUAUAGGGGACGCCAAGCGGAUUUUUGUGAUCACAGGAGGGGGAGAUUUGCAACUGCGAAAGAACUUUUUAAUUAUCGACACUCUGCACUACGGAAUGUCAUAGAGCGAAGUUUCGGUGUCCUUAAAAGGAGAUUUGCCACUUUACCGGGAGCCGUUCCAAACUACAUGAUGACAACACAGAUAAAUGUAGUUAUUGCAUGUUGUGCCGUGCAUAACUUCAUUAGGGAUCAAUAA